UUGUAUCGGAAACAUGACGGAUAAAUGCAUUGUUGCUUUUUCGAAAUCAGAAUGAUUCUUUCCCGGGCCAAGCCAGCCUCGGGUGAAGCUGUGCGUCGAUCGGCGCAUUCGCGUCGCGACAUCCCGAGCUUCGAGACGUUCCUCUCUCGACGCGAUUACACGGGCGCAAUCACUUUGCUGGAGUUCAACGAGGCGACGAGCUCGGCGGCCGACAGUCAGCUAUGGAUCGCCUAUUGCUCCUUCCACCUCGGCAAUUACAAAAAGGCAGCCAAGAUCUACGAGCAGCUGCGCGCCGGCAACGAGCACCUCAAGGACCUGAACACCUACGUGGCUUGCUGCUACUUCUACUUGGGCAUGUAUCCCGAGGCCGCCAAGAUGCUGCUCGACUCGCCGCACAGCCCGCUCAAGACCAGGCUGUCGCUGCACUUGGCUCACAAGCUCGCCGACAAGCAUCAGUCGAAGGAGUACGAGGACAAGCUGAACGACAGCGUGGAAGACCAGUUGUGCCUAGCGUCGGUGCACUAUCUCCGCGCCCACUAUCAGGAAGCCAUUGACAUCUACAAGAAGGUGCUGCUCGACAAUCGCGACUACUUGGCGCUGAACGUCUACGUGGCGCUGUGCUACUACAAGCUCGACUACUACGAUGUGGCGCAGGAGGUUCUGCAGGUCUACCUGUCCAAGUACCCCGACAGUGCCACUGCCAUCAACCUGAAAGCUUGCAAUCACUUCAGGUUCUACAAGAGCACCGCCGAGAUCGCCGAGAUGAAGCAGCUUAUCGACAAGGUCUUCAAUAACAGUCAUUACGGCAACGAUCUCAUACAGCACAACACUGUGGUUUUCAGGAACGGCGAGGGUGCAUUGCAGAUACUACCGAAUCUCGUAGACGUCAUACCAGAAGCGAGACUGAAUCUGGUCAUUUACUAUCUGAGGCAAAACGAGGUGCAAGAGUGCUUCGAGUUGAUCAAAGAUCUGGAGCCGAGCGUGCCACAAGAGUACAUUCUCAAAGGCAUUGUCAACGCUGUUGUCGGACAAGAAAAAAAUUCGCAAGAGUACGUUAAAGUGGCACAGCAUUACUUCCAAUUAGUCGGCACGUCGGCGUCGGAAUGCGACACGAUACCAGGACGUCAAUGCAUGGCUUCGUUUUAUUUCCUCAUGAGGCAAUUCAAAGACGUGCUCAUCUAUUUGAAUUCCAUCAAGACCUACUUCUCCAACGUCGACUGCUUCAAUUUCAACUACGCACAGGCGCAAACUGCCACAGGCCAUUUCAAGGAGGCCGAAGAAGCCUUUUUGGCAAUAAGGAGCGAAAGAUACCGCGCAGAUUUCGCUUAUGUUAGUUUGCUGUCGUAUGCAUACAUAAUGAACAAAAAGAGCCAACUCGCCUGGGAGCUCUACCUAAAAAUGGAGCCCUCCCCGGACUCGUUUAACCUGCUGCAGCUGAUCGCCAACGCGUGCUACACCAUCGGGGAUUUUUGGUACGCAGCCAAAGCUUUUGACAUGCUGGAAAGACUCGAUCCGUCGCCCGAACACUGGGAGGGCAAGCGUGGUGCUUGUUGCGGCACUUUUCAGUACAUCGUCGCCGAUAAAUUACCCAAAGAGCUUUUGCCAGAAGUUAUUAAAAUAUUGAAGAAUACCGUGAAUUCCCAGGUGGACCAAAUUAUCAGAGUCAUAAAAAAGUGGGGCAAAGAUAAUCGCGUAGCUUAUUGAUCAUUCAAGUUUGUUAAUUAAUGGAUUUUAAUGAUUUUAUUUUCUUGUUUUUAU